UGCAGGCAUGGGGAGGUGGUCAUGGAUCUAUAUUUGACGACUUUACAGUGUCGGAGCUUUGCGUCGCUUCAUCCGGACGGACCACAAAGGGAUGAGACAGAAACAGAACGACAGAGAGCUUACACAGUGUUGAUUUGGGGAAACGUUGCGAUCCGGUGGAUUCGACUUGUUUGCUUGAGAAAAAGUGUGCCUAUUGGGAGUUACCAUGGAAACCAGGACGGCGAUGCAUCGAGAGCUGGAGGAAGAGUCAUCCAGGAUGUCUCACAGCAUGAAGGUGUCAUCGCGCAGUAACAAGAAGACCUUCACCUCGAGCGAGGAGGAAGUCGUCCCAUACUCUAAUCUUGUUCCCAUCAUCCCCGCUGACGUGAUGUCCGUUAAGGAGAUCCUCAACAUGGAAAACGUCCCCCGUCACCGAACAUGGGAAAUCUUAAGGGAAACUCGAGUGGCCGACAAAAGCUACCAUCGAGACGAGUGGACGAUGUUUGGAAACGAGUAUGAGAAAUUUGAUGUGAGGAUGAUGCGGAACCAGCGUUUGCUACGCACACGUGUGGACAAGAUGGCCCUUCGUAACGAGGCACAAAGGAAGGCGUCCGAGUACUUGGAGUAUCUGAAGCGUCUAAGUCAGAAGGUGCCAGACUUCGCUGUGCCCCUUAGGGCUCACACAAUCUGGGAGGGCAUGACGGUGCAGUUUGCCUGCGUGGUCCAAGGCUGCCCAGCUCCUCAGGUCACAUGGUACAAAGACGGUAAGGUGCUGAAAAAGCCUGACAUGCCGUGGAAUUACGGGCUUCAGCAAGAAUUUGGUCUUAAUUACCUGGAGAUCAGACGAUGCUCUCCUGAUGACGCCGGCGUGUACAAAGUGGUGGCCAAAAGUCCUCUGGGUGAAGCUAUGACCUUUGCCACACUGGUGGUGAACUCGUAUAAAGGAGCCAUGGCUGGUUCAGAUGAUUCCCGGACUCGUGCCUCGCAGCAAGCCGGCUUUGCUACGACCUUUCCGCCAACCUGGGUGAAAGAAGGCGAGAGUCUCACCCUGAACUGUUCCUUCACCUCACCUCUGCUGCCCUUCCAACAGGAAGUCACCUGGUUAAGAGAUGGUACGCCACUGCUCCAAUCUGGUGCUGUGGACAUGAAGACCACAAACAAUGAAGCUUCAAUUACAAUAAACACUGUGUACAAGGAGCAUGAAGGAGUUUACACGGUCCGCCUGAAGACCUUGGAUGGAAUCCUGGAAUCUAGUGCCUAUGUCUACGUUGAAGAUGCGCCGGCGACAGUGGUUGGAGUACCUGCGUCUCCCCUUUUGGUCCAGGUGUCCGACAUCAACAAAGACUACGUCUUCCUCACUUGGCAGCCACCUAGUGCCGACGGAUCGUCGCCCAUAGACGGCUACUACAUCGAGAGGUGUGACCUCAGUCAGGGCCAGUGGCUGCGCUGCAAUGAGAAUCCUCAGAAAGCAUGCCACUUCCCGGUGUUUGGGCUGAAAGAAGGAGCCACGUACCAGUUUAGAGUUCGGGCGGUCAAUGGAGCCGGCGUGGGGCGGCCCUCCAAGGCGACUGAGCCUGUUGUCACUGAGGACCCCCUCCGACAUGCCAGGACCAUGGUGGUCACGGUGCACGGAGGGACCGUCGUCAUCGUAAAAGAUGAACUGGAAGGCCAGGUCCGAACUCCUCUCCCGCCCACCGACGUCCACGCCUGCGAGUUCAGCGACACAUAUGUGGUGCUGAGCUGGAGCGAGCCAGAACCCCGAGGGAAGGAGCCGCUCACCUUCUACGUGGAGCGGUCGGAAGAAGGGAAGAGCAGCUGGGAAAUGGUCAGUCUGGAUGCUGUGGUCAACUCUCCGAGGUUUCCCGUCUUUGACCUGGUCAAGGGAAUGCGCUACCACUUCAGAGUGCGUGCAGUCAACAAGUAUGGCGUCAGUGAGCCGUCGGAGCCGAGCGGUCCAAUCUGCUUAGGAAAAUCACAAAGCGUCCCCGCCCCACCUUCCUCCAUCCUGGUCUUCCCAGACACAGACACCUCGGUGUCUCUUCAGUGGCAGGAACCCAAAGACAACAAGGACGUCCUGGGAUAUUACCUGUACUGCAGCCAAAACGGCCAAGGGGACUGGAAGGUCAUCAACAACAAACCCGUUACUGAGCCCAGGUUUACAGUCCACGGCCUCCAGAACCGUAAGGAAUAUGUGUUCAGGAUAAAGACAGUGAGUCGAGCGGGAAACAGUGACUACUCGGAGGAGUCUCCGCCCAUCCUGGUCAAAGCCGCCAUUCACGUCCCCUCGGCUCCUUCGGCCAUCGCUUUGCUGAUGUGCACCGGCUCUGAGAUGGUUUUGGGCUGGAGGAGGCCUCGCCGUGAUGGCGGCGACCCCGUGAGGGGGUAUUACCUGGAUAUGAGGGAGGCGGGCACCGAAUCGUGGCAGGAGGUCAACGUGCAGGCGGUCAGAGAGCGGCGAGCAACGGUUUCCAACCUGACCAGCGGGCUUUGGUACCAGUUCCGCGUGUUUGCUGCCAACAUGGUUGGCGUGGGGAAGCCGUCGGAUGCCAGCGAGGCUUUCCUGUGUGAGGAGUGGACCAUGCCGGAGCCUGGUUGUCCUUUCGACGUGGAGGUCCGUGAGGUGAGCGACCAUUCGCUGGUGCUCCUGUGGGCCGCGCCGCUCUACGAAGGCCGGGGUCCCAUCACGGGAUACUUACUGGAAAUCAGCCAGGGCGAUGAUUCCGACACAUGGACUGCUGUGAAUGACAAGCCGGUCACGGACACGUUUUAUAAGGUUCCAGGUCUUCAGGCGGGUCAAAUCUACCGUCUGCGUGUGUCGGCUGUCAAUGAGGCGGGAGCGGGAGCCCCCUCCCUCCCUUCGGAGCCAGUCACAGCGCAGACCUCACCAGAUACCAAAAACAUCGAGGUGGGCGUGGACGAUGACGGCUUCAUCUACCUGGCAUACGAGUGCGAUCACGUCUGCGACGGCAGCGUGGGUCUCUGGAACAAAAACUACACGGAGCCCAUCGACGGCGCGAGAGCUCAGGCGGACAACAAGGACGGCAGGUCUGUCCUCACCUUCAACGACCCCUGCGAGCAAGACCUGGCUCUCUACACCGUGGAGAUGAGCGACGAUCCCAGCCUGUCAUCCAGCUACCUCCUCACCGCCGAAGACCUUGAACGCCUCAAAGAACUCAGCCGGCAAGUCCAAAAUCCACUUAUCGAACUGAAGUCAGGCUGGCAUGUGGAAGUUUCGGAGACGGGCGGCGUGCGUCUGUGGCUUCACACGGAAAGUCUGAGCGACGAUGCCGAGCUGCGUCUGGUUUUCAACGACAAAGAAAUCUCCAGCACUCCCAACCGCAGAAUCCGCUUUGACAAGGCCGCCGGUCUGGUGGAGGUGCUGAUAGAUCGGAUGAGCCACGAGGAUGAAGGCUCGUACACGGCCCAGCUGCGGGAUGGACGGGCCAAGAACCAGUUCACGUUGGUUUUGGUGGAUCACAAAUUCCGUGAGGUGAUGGCCCUGGCAAACGCCAAGCGACGCGACCAUGAGAGAAAAAGCGGACCCUACUUCGAGGAGUUCUUGUCUUGGAACGUUAACGAGGAAUGCCAAGUGAUCAUAAAGUGCAAGGUGACAAACACAACUAAAGACUCCACCCUCAAGUGGUUCAAGGACGGAGUGGCGGUGGCACAGACCGAUUAUGACCCCCCGUCUGGAGACAGCACGCUCACCAUCCCACAGGUUGACAAAAAGCAAGCGGGCUCUUAUAAAGCGGUAGUGUCAGAUGCCAGAGGAGAGGACGUCAGCACUUUGGCUUUGCAGGGUGAAGAGUACGACAAGCUUCUCCAGCAGCUGAGCAAACAAUGCGGAUUGUCGGCCGGUCCGCUGCGGGUUCAGAGCACCGCAGAAGGUUUCAGGCUCUACUGCUGUCUCACCUACUAUAUCAGCUACCUGAAGACCACCUGGAGCUUCAAGGGCAAACAGAUGGAACCCCAGUCCAGGAUCAGGAUGGGCAGCAACGUGCACACUGUUUGGAUGGACAUCUUCAACCCCACAGAGAACGACAAAGGCAAAUACUCCCUGGACAUGUUUGACGGCGUCGAGACACACCAGCGCCACCUGGACCUGUCAGGACAAGCAUUUGCAGACGCUUUGCGGGAGCACCAGAGGCUUAAGCAAGAGGCCGUCAUUGAGAAAAACCGAGCCAAGGUGACAAAAGGUCUUCCGGAUGUGGUGGCCAUCAUGGAGGGCAAGUCUCUGUGCCUGACGUGCUUCAUCGAGGGCGACCCGACCCCGGACGUCUUCUGGCUGCGUAACGAGCGGGAGAUCGCCGGCGACGACCAAUUCUUCAUCACCCGCGAGCCCGGCUGCAGUACCAUCACCAUAAACAACGUCCACACGGACAACUCGGGCAGAUACUCCAUACUGGUGCGCAACCGCUGCGGCUCCGAGUCGGUGGACGUCACCGUAAGUGUGUACAAGCGAGGCGAGCUGCCGCCAAGCAACGCCAUGGAGAUGGGCUUGUGAAUGGAGGUGGCACAGGGGCACUGGUCCCCCUGAAAUAUGGUCGCACCCGCCAGUCGCCAGGCCAGAUAAUUGACUUUUGGGUAGCUUCCAAUAUUUGGUGCAAUAUAUCAUAUAUUUAAAGUGCACAUGGCGUGGCUUUGUGUUUGUUAAUUAGCAGAUUACUUCCUGAUUCACAGACGAUGAUGAAAGAUGCGUGAUUCAGUACGUGCUGUAGUUUUAAAGUCACAGGUUGGUAGACACUGGGUACAAUAAGGGAACAAGAUUUGAAAAUUAAAGGAGCCGGUUUGUACUUUAAAAGUGCAAACAGUCCAUAGGGUUGAUCACCCCAACGGUUGGCCACUGGAGUCAUGUGAGGAGGUUCAACGGCACCGCGGGGAGGAGAAAAGUUCCAGACAGCUAAGUCCAAAUGAUGCGUUUCCACAAAUAGUGGCGUUUAUUUACUCAACUGCACAAAUGAGAGUGGCGUACUUGUGCACCUUUUUUUUUUUUUAAUAAAUAAUCCAACCAUCCAUUUUUUUUUCUUUAUGGGGGUACUCUGUCUUCAUUGGGGUCACAUUGGGUGAGGCGGUGCUUCAGUUGGUGCUAAUGGUUUGGUUAGCAAGUUCAAAUGGCUGGAGUGAAACAUAAAUGUCACAUUUGUAUGGGAAGUGUUCAUUUGUGUUCAGCACUGUCUGGGGAUGGCCACAAGUUGAGGGAAUACGUUUUGAAAUUAAAUGCUUUUGAUGCUAACAGUG